GAUCGAACUAUGUCUCCCGUCGCGUGACUGGCGGUUGCGAAUGAAACGGCUCUCCAGCGCAGCCUGGGGCUCUCCGACUCGCGGCUGGGCUCCUCACUGCCAGCUGGAACCCUCGGGUCCCGGGGGCUGCACCCCGCGAGUCGAAGCCCUCGCAGCGCAGGCGCAGUAACCACAGUGGCGGUGGCGGCGGCUGCCAGUCCCGGGCGCAGCCGACGGUCCCCAGGCCGAAGAGCCGCGGCUUUUAUGUCUCCGUCGGGGGCCGAGUCAGUGCCGCACUGAAAGCCUCUGGAGGUGGAGGACAGUAGAAUAGCAGUCAUGCUAGAAGACAAAGGUCCAAGAGUAAUUGACUACUUUGUAGUAGCAGGCCUCACUGAUACAUCUACCCUUUUGGAUCAAGAAAUAAACCGUUUAGACACAAAAUCAACUGGACCCAAAGCUCCAAUUACAGACAUUGCUGUUAUUAUCAAAUCAGCAGGGGAAACAGUCCCUGAAGGUUUUACCUGUGUUGAAGCUACUCCAUCAGCUCUCCAAGCAAAUUUGAACUAUGGAAGCUUGAAAAGUCCGGAGCUUUUCCUGUGCUACAAGAGGGGAAGAGACAAGCCACCUCUCACAGACAUUGGAGUAUUAUAUGAAGGGAAAGAACGACUUAUUUCAGGUUGUGAAGUGAUCCAAGCCACACCCUAUGGUCGCUGUGCCAAUGUCAACAAUAGUUCAACAAACUCACAAAGAAUCUUUAUCACUUAUCGAAGAGCUCCUCCAAUACGACCUCAGAAUUCCUUGGCUGUAACAGAUAUCUGUGUUAUUGUAACUAGUAAAGGAGAAACUCCUCCUCAUACAUUUUGCAAAGUUGACAAGAAUUUAAACUGUGGAAUGUGGGGUUCCAAUGUGUAUCUGUGUUACAAGAAGUCUGUACCUGCUUCUAAUUCAAUAGCAUAUAAGGCUGGGUUAAUUUUUAGAUAUCCUGAAGAAGAUUAUGAAUCGUUUCCACUCUCAGAAUCUGUACCUCUCUUCUGUCUUCCUAUGGGAGCUACUAUUGAAUGCUGGGAUCCCCAAACCAAAUAUCCACUUCCAAUUUUUUCAACUUUUGUUCUGACAGCUUCUUCUGCAGACAAGGUCUAUGGUGCUGCUAUCCAGUUUUAUGAGCCAUAUUCUCGGGAACUGCUAACAGAAAAGCAGCUCAUGCAACUGGGCCUUUUGACACCUGUGGAAAGAAGAGUGGUCCCCAAAUCCAUCAAUUCAAACAAAUGCAUUUGUCUGCUCUCACGCUGGCCUUUCUUUGAAGCUUUUAGAAAAUUUCUUAUGUUUAUCUACAAACUUUCAGUUUCUGGACCUCAUCCUCUUCCCAUUGAAAAGCACAUCUCACAUUUCAUGCAAAACAUCCCUUUCCCAUCACCACAAAGACCAAGAAUUCUUGUUCAGCUAUCAGUCCAUGAUGCAUUAAUAUUGUCCCAGCCGGUUUUUACACCUUUACCACUAAGUGGAGCUGACUUUAGCACAUUGUUGAUGAAUCUGGGUCCUGAAAAUUGUGCAACAUUGCUUCUUUUUGUUUUGCUGGAAAGUAAGAUCCUACUUCAUUCUCUUAGACCAGCUGUGUUGACGGGUGUGGCAGAAGCUGUUGUCGCUAUGAUCUUUCCAUUUCAGUGGCAGUGCCCGUAUAUUCCCCUUUGUCCUCUCUCUUUGGCAGCAGUGCUCAGUGCUCCUUUACCAUUUAUAGUUGGAGUUGACUCAAGAUACUUUGAUCUCUAUGAUCCACCACAGGAUGUUGUUUGCAUUGACUUGGAUACCAAUAUGGUUUAUGUAUCUGAUGAAAAGAAGAACAUGAACUGGAAACAGCUUCCUAAAAAGCCCUGUAAAAAUUUACUUAGUACUUUAAAGAAAUUGUAUCCCCAGUUGUCUUCAGUUCACAGAAAAACACAAGAAGGCUCAGCAGUAGAGAUGACCCCGAUAGAAGCAGACUUCUCCUGGCAGAAGAAAAUGACUGAACUUGAGAUGGAAAUCCAAGAGGCAUUUUUACGCUUUAUGGCUUCUGUUUUAAAGGGAUAUCGGACAUACCUCAAACCAAUCACAGAAGCUCCUUCAAAUAAAGCUACUGCUGCAGAUUCAUUGUUUGACCGGCAAGGAUUUUUAAAAAGCCGAGAUCGGGCAUAUAUGAAAUUUUACACACUUUUAACUAAAACCCAGAUUUUUAUCCGUUUCAUUGAAGAAUGCAGCUUUGUAAGUGAUAAAGAUACUGGACUGGCAUUUUUUGAUGACUGCAUAGAAAAGCUAUUUCCUGACAAAGGCACUGAAAAAACAGAUAAGGUUGAUUUAGACUCAGCAGAAGAUACCAGGUUGAUAGAGCUAGACGAUUCCCAAAAGAGUGAACAUACAGUAUUAAUAAUGCCACCAGAGCCACCUGCUAGUGAUGGACAAGACCUAUCACCCAAAUAUAGCUACAAAAACUUUCCAAGACUUGAUCUUAAGCUUUUUGAUAGACCACAGGCAUUGAAAAUUCCUUUCAACAGACAUCCUGCAGGAAAUAACAUUUCAAACAGUCCAGCCCUCAUGGCUAAAAGGACUAAACAGGAGAUAAAAACAGCUCAUAAAUUGGCCAAGAGAUAUUAUGCAAACCCACCACAGUGGGCUAAGUGCCUCUUCAGUCAUUGUUACAGCUUAUGGUUCAUUUGUUUGCCAGCUUAUGUUAGAGUUUCUCAUCCUAAAGUGAAAGCACUGCAGCAAGCAUAUGAUGUACUUAUUCAGAUGAGGAAAUUAGAUGUGGAUCCAUUGGAUGAGGUGUGCUAUCGUGUUGUAAUGCAACUUUGUGGACUUUGGGGUCAUCCUGUUCUAGCAGUUCGAGUCUUAUAUGAAAUGAAGAUGGCUAAAAUACAACCAAAUGCUAUUACCUAUGGUUAUUACAAUAAGGUAGUUUUGGAGAGCCCGUGGCCUAGCCGUAAUCGCGGUGGUAUCUUCUUGUGGACGAAGGUACGGAACGUGGUGUGUGGCAUUGCACAGUUUAGGCAGCCGCUUAAAAAAGCCACACAAAUAUCAGCUCCUCGGAAUCCCACAGGUGGAAGUGAUGGGGACACGGUGAGCCAUGGUAGCGUGGAUAGUUCUAAUGAUGCUAACAGUGGGGAGCACACACUCUUCGUCAGAGAUUUAAUCAGGCUUGAUUCCAUUGAUAAUCACUCUAGCACAGGUGGUCAGUCUGAUCAAGGAUAUGGGUCAAAAGAUGAACUUAUAAAAGAUGAUGCAGAAAGUCUUCAUGUAGCAGAAGCACAUGUUGAAGAAGAAUUGUUAACUAAGACAAAAGCCCAGAGAGACAAAGUUUCUGAUGUCCCUGCUUUUGUGGAAAAGCUACAGCAGCUGAGUCCAGAGCCCUUUAAUUCUGCAGAAGCACCCACAUCAGGAAGCAGUAUUGUGAAAGUUCCAUCAGGCAUUUUUGAUAUCAGCAGCCGAAAAAGUAGCACUGGUAGUACAUCAAAUAUACUAUUUUCUGCUCAGGAUGCUGUUGAAGAUACAGUGUUCCCCGAGGUAUCUAAUCUGAAAACUAGUGACAAAGGAGAGAAAAGACAAAAACAUUUUUCAGAAAGGAGUUGUAGUUUUAGCUCUGAAAGUCGAGCUGGAAUGUUGCUUAAAAAGAGCAGUUUGGACUCGAAUUCUAGUGAAAUGGCGAUAAUGAUGGGAGCAGAUGCCAAGAUCCUCACCGCAGCAUUGUCCUACACUAAGACGCCGCAGUGUCAUGUUCAGAGAGGCCAGAGUGUAGAUGGUGUGGGGGGCCUGCCGGCUGACGUGAGGACGUCUGCAUGUGCAGGGGAGUGGGGGCCAGAGCAUAGGUCGUCUCCAGGCCUGGGAAUGCUGGAGGAAGGGCAAGAGCAUCCAGAUACUGUGGGUGAUGGUGAUGAUGGUACAGCUGCAGUCACCACAGCAGAGGAUAAACCUACAGAACCAUGGAGUAGCAAUCAGUCCAAAGACCUAAAAACAGAACCCAAAUAUAUAAUAAACAAAAGAAAUAGUUCUUACAGUGGAGCCAAGCCGAUCGAAAGGGAGGAUGUUGAAACUGGACUUGAUCCUCUGUCUCUGUUAGCCACUGAAUGUACAGAAGCGAAGCCUUCUGACUCUGAGGAGAAGACUCUGUCUCCAGUUGUGGCGCGUAAUCUAGCAGAUGAGAUAGAGAGCUAUAUGAACUUGAAAAGUCCUUUAGGGAGCAAGUCUUCCAGCAUGGAGUUACACCAACGAGAAAACAGAGGGUCAGCAGAAUGCGUGUCUGGUACAUUUACUCCCUCUUUAGAGCGACGGUCUAGCCUGCCCUUGGAUCAUGGUCCACCACUCCAAGAAAAAACUGAAAAGCAGAGGAGCCCUCCUUCAGUAUCCAGGUCAAAAACUUUCACAGGACACUCUAAACAACAGGCUCCCCAACGACCACAUAAAGAGCGCUCCACAUCUUUGUCAGCACUUGUGCGUUCUUCACAACAUGGAUCUUUGGGCUCCGUAGUUACUUCUUUGUCAGGAAUAAAACUGGAUAAUAUUUUGUCUGGACCCAAAAUAGACGUUCUGAAGUCUGGUAUGAAACAAGCAGCUACAGUAGCAAGUAAGAUGUGGGGAGCUAUGGCCUCUGCUUAUAAUUAUUCAGAUGAUGAGGAAGAACCCAGUAGAGAUUAUAGCUUUCCUGCUGGUUUGGAAGACCAUAUUUUGGGAGAUGACCCAACAGCCAAAGUGUGUGACCCAGGGCUAGUCACCAGUGAACUCACACAGAGCAACACGAGUCUUGGCAGUAGCAGCAGUAGUGGGGAUGUAGGGAAAUUGCACUGUCCAACAGGUGAAAUCCCAUUUGCAAGAGGCAUAAAGGGUCAGGACUUUGAAAAGUCAGAACCUGGAUCUUCUCAAAAUACCAGCAUGUCCAGCAUCUACCAAAACUGUGCAAUGGAGGUCUUGAUGUCAAGUUGUUCUCAAUGUAGAGCUUGUGGUGCUUUGGUUUAUGAUGAAGAAAUUAUGGCUGGAUGGGCUGCAGAUGACUCAAAUUUGAAUACCACCUGCCCUUUCUGUAAAAGCAACUUCUUACCCCUCCUUAAUGUGGAGUUUAAAGACUUACGAGGCUCUGCAAGCUUUCUUCUGAAGCCAAGCACCUCUGGUGACAGUUUACAGAGCGGAAGCAUUCCCUUAGUGACGGACCCUGCAGAACACAAGCCUGUGCCUAGUCCAGCAGAGCCUGACUUGAUGACUUUUAUGGAUUUCCCAAAGCACAGCCAGGUCAUAGCUGAAGGAAUAAGUUCUGCAACUGAACCAAGUAUUGAGCUAAAGGAAGAGAGUAGAGACUUCCCCAGUGUGAAAACUUCAUCUGUAGCUAAUAAUUUUUCAAGUCGAGGAGUAUCUUUGACUCGAAGCCACAGUGUUGGAGGCCCUUUGCAAAAUAUUGAUUUUUCUCAGCCACCUUUCCAUGGCAUUUCAACAGUUAGUCUGCCAAACAGUUUACAGGAAGUUGUGGAUCCUUUAAGGAAAAGACCCAACCCUUCCCCUGUUUCCGUGCCCUACUUGAGUCCAUUAGUGCUUCGUAAAGAACUUGAGUCUCUGUUGGAGAAUGAAGGAGAUCAAGUGAUUCACACAUCUUCAUUCAUCAAUCAGCAUCCAAUCAUUUUCUGGAAUCUGGUUUGGUAUUUCAGACGGUUAGACCUUCCUAGCAAUUUGCCAGGACUUAUUCUCACUUCUGAACAUUGUAAUAAAGGAGUACAGUUUCCUCUUUCAUCUCUGUCCCAGGACAGCAAACUAGUAUAUAUUCAGCUAUUAUGGGACAAUAUCAACCUUCAUCAAGAACCUGGAGAGCCCUUGUAUGUUUCUUGGAGGAACUUCAACUCAGAGAAGAAAUCAUCCUUAGUAACAGAAGACCAGCAGGCCACAAGCACUUUAGUAGAGAACAUCAGGCAGAGCAUUCAACAUAAUGAUGUUCUUAAACCUAUCAACCUUCUUUUGCAAAAGGUGAAGCCAGAUGUAAAACGACAAAGGAGUUUAUAUAGAGAAAUCCUCUUCUUGUCAUUGGUGUCUCUUGGAAGAGAAAAUAUUGAUGUCGAGGCUUUUGACAACGAAUAUGAACUUGCAUACAAGAGUCUGUCCUCAGAGGUUCUAGGAAAGAUGCAGAGAAUUGAUGCUCCCCCAAGCCUCAGCGUGGGGUGGUGCAGGAAGUGUUUUGGAGCCCCUCUCAUUUAAAUUAGGGAUGACUUGGAACUUUCACAGCACACGUCACUCCUGGGAAACAAGUUGUGCCAACCUGGAAACAUUCAGGUGCUGAUUCAGACUCCUGACAACUGGUGAAAAUCUGACAAUGUAUGGUUAUAUUCCUGAUGGAUCUGCAGCUCAUGACCUGUGUGCUGCAGUUGAGAGUCUCUGAUUUUUAAAAUUAUUUCUUUUGCUUCUCUUGACAAAAGUUCUUUGGAUUUUUUCAGAGUUGGGAAAAGUAACUGUAAAUCUCUCAAGUCCCAAAGGAAGCUAAAUAGCCCAAUUCUAGGAGCAAGACCUAGAGGAAAGUGGAUUCUGUGUGUGUACAUACGUGUGUGUCUCUGUAGAUGUAUGCAUAUGCAGCCUAUAUAAUAAGUGUAUAUAUUUAUUAAAACUCUUAGAUUGCACAUUGCAAUACAACUUUCUGAAAGGGUCUCAUGACCAGUGAAUUGUUGACUGCUCACAAACUGGGCUGUAGUCACUACUAGUCAAAAUUUUCUGAAACUGACAACUGCCCUGCCACUGGCUUUGUUUUAAAUUUAAUAUAUGCUUUCACUUUUUGUUUAUGUAUUCUUUUUUGAUAGAAUGUUAUACUGCUAUCCAAUUCCCUUCCCCUUUUUACUCCUUCCUGGUACCAAGAUCACUUACGCUGAAGGUGAAAAUGUUUUUACAAGCUAAUUAGGUAGUUUAAAUGAAUUUGAAUCUAGGUUUCAUAAUGAUUUACAGAAUUAAUUGGAACUUGAUCCUUAAAAAAGACAAAAAUUUGCCCUUUGGCCCAAGUUCUUCCUGGUCAGGCACACCUUGGUCACUUUUUAAACCUGUGGGAUACCUUGCACUGCAAAUGGAAGUUUAAUAUUUGUAAUGUUUGAAAGUUAGUACCUGUAGAUUUGCAUGCACAUGAUCCAAGUGUGCAUGUGUAUAUAUUUUUUUACAAGCUGAAUGAAUUAAGUCUUAAAAGUUGAAGCUGUUGAGCUUAUUAUAGUCAAUAGAUUUAAGAAAAAAUCAUGACCUUACAUGCCUCACUUAGCAUUUUGUCAUGCCUUAUAUGCCUUUUAUUAAAAACGCACCUCGUUGAGUGUGUUCGCCUUAGCUUCCUUUAUGGGACUAAUAUGCCUCCUGUGGAUUGAUCUUAUAUUAAUUAAGAUCAAUCUGAAUUUCCAGGAACCACUGCAGAUGAAUAAAGAAAGCAGUUGCUUCAAAAUAGGUACUUCUGAAUGGUGUAACAUAAAAGCACAAACCUGCCUUCCAUCCUGUUUAAAUAACCCUGUAAUCACUGUACCAUUCUACAUUUCUGGACUUACCAGCUUAAUACCAAUGCAGGACUCUAGUUUCAGAUAGUGUUGAGAGUGCUAGUGGCAUAAUCUCAUGUCAGCAAUGACAUGUAAUAUGGCAACUGAACAGGUAACAUGACUAAAAAGUUUUUAUAACCAUUACUUUAAAAAAAACCUAUUUUGCACUAUUUGUGUAGAGGAUAUAUUUUUGCAAUUUAGCCCUAGUUUUUCUCUCAGUCAUUUAAGUUUGUAAUACUUAAAGUCACACUUAGUGACAAAAAAGUCAUUCAGAAUUAACUUGCUAUGAAAUGCUAUUUUGUAUUAAAGCCUUCAACACAGUAAAAGUAGUAUUCUGAAGAUGAAUAAAAUGGACAAAACACUCUAUAGCCUAUUCAUUGUGUUCUGCAUGUUAAUAGUUUUCAGGCUUCUGAAAUGAGUAGGAUUAAGUUAUGUGUCAUCUUCGGCAAUUUGUAUUUGUUUUUCUAUUCAUCCCUUAAUUUUAAUGUGACUUAAGAUUCGUUUUUCCUGUCUUCUGAUUUGAAAAGAAUCUUACAAAAAUUACCUUGAACAUUCAUUAAUGCGUGACUGUUGCUCCAAGUUCACUUUUCCGAUAAUAAAAAAUUUGGCUAAUAUUUUUUAAACUUCAAGAUAAAGUAUUUCUAGGCAAUAUUCCACUCAUCCAAACUUUUCAUAACUGUAUUUACUUUGAGAUUACAUGUUAUCUUUAAAUAAGAUGUCAUCUAAACUGAGUAUAAGCCCUAGGUUUUUUUAUUUACAUAAUAAACAAAAUCUCCUGCUACUUCCUGUCUUUCUAGCCCUUAAUUUUGAAUUCAGAAUUCAUCUGUGUUUGCUUGACUCUGCUGCUCUGCCUUUUAAAAUUUUUUGAGGCUUUUUCAGUACACACAGUAAGAAAAAGACCCUAUAAGUUGUCACCUCUGCAGAUUUUCUGUUGGAAAAAAUAAAAAUAAAAAAGGCUUGUUUCCCUUCCCCCAGCUUAAGUUAACCCUGAACCCUGUUUUUGUUUUGCUGUAUUUGUAUUUAAUUGACUGCCAGAGAUAGAUAAAAACACUGUAUGAUACAAAGUCUUGAAGACUACUGAAAGUAAUUUUUUCAAAUUAGCAUCUGGAUUGUUGAGCAAUACUACAUUUUUGGUAUUUGUUUUAUUUAAAGUAUUGAAAGUAAUACUGUUAUCACUGUUAGAAUUGUAGAACUGGCUUAGUUCUUCAUAUUUAGGUAAUUUAGGUUGCAUAACACUGCAGAAAAAGAUGCUUAAGUAGUUAGUUGCAUGACUUACGCAGACAAGCUUGGCUUUUUUAGUAUCAAAAUGAUAAAUCUCAGAGUAACUUAACCUGAACCAUCAAAAAAAGCAUAGGAUUGAGGUUGGCUCAAAGAUAAUGAAACAAGCCACAAGAAACCUUGUUGAAAUUCCUCUUCUGGAAUAAAAGAACCAAUUAAUAAGUGAUUUUCAGAUCAGAAGUUUCGAUUUCAUCACAUAUCCUUUGUUCCUAUACAAAUAGCUUGGAGCAUUUUCGAUUGAAUUAUCUACUUGACAUCAUUAAAGGAAAAUAGAUUAUCAAAAGUAAGUCACCAGCUUAAUUCUCCAAUUGAUGGGGCUCUGUCAUUAUAGGUUGAAGGUGGUGAGGGGACAAUGUCCCAUCAGUCUCUACUCCAAGGUAAAUGUGGGCUUUGUGGCACAUGGAAUUAAGUCAGAUGAAUUAAUUUUUUUUUAUAUUUAUUGAAGACCUCAUUACAUUAGUGUAAAGGCCCUGAUAGAGGCAGUCUAGCAUAGUGGGAAGAGUCUGGAUUUGGAGUAAGGAGAUACGGGUCCAAAACCUUACUCUGAGACUUGACAGUCGGAUAACAUUGGGCAUCCAUUUCCUCAUCAGAAAAGAGUAAUCCUUUCAUGAUGCAAUUCACAGGACUGUUCCUAUUGAUUGAUAAGGUACUUUAAACAGAGUGCUUUAGGGAUGAAAAAUUUAUGAACCUUAAAGCAAUAUAUUGGAACUUGAAUAUAACAAAUGUUAACUGCCAUUUUCUUAGGCACUUUAAGGUUUAUACUUUGACAUCUUCUCCAUAACAACGUUUUCAGGCACUUUUAAGAACCAUGCUCAUUGUAGAUAUGGGGAAAAAAAACUUUCUGAAAGAGGUUCAAAUGACUUGCUGAUGGUAUUGUAGCUGAGAUUUGAACCUGGGUAUCCUGACUCCAACUCCACCACUUUGCAUUGGCCACACUGAUAAGCUGAAGGAAUGAAAACUGACAGCUGCUGUUCUAAUAGAGGAUUUGGCUUUUACUAUCAGCUGGCUAACAUCUAAGUGACGAAAAGCAGUUCCCAGUUAACAAGCUUAGUAGGGUUUGUUUGUUUUAAGCGUCUCUGUAUUCCCUUGAAUUCAUGAAUUUUGAUUGCUCAUCCUUCCAUUUAUAUCAGUUUUCUGAAAAGGAAGAAUUAGUCAUGUUAUCCUGUUUGAAAUCAGUUUCAGGAUUGACAUCAGCUUUUUAAAAUAAAGUGAAGACCAUAGAUACUGAUAUAUCCCUGGUAAGAAAAAAGUGCUAUUUAGCAGCUAAACCAUGAUAAAAAUGCCUUUUGUUUCCUCUCUAGUUUUAACUUAGUGUGUGGUUCAGGUCAUAAAUCUUGACAGAAAAUUAUUGCAGUAGUAAUUGAAAGCAUCGUAAUUUCCCAUAAUGUUCAAGCCAGAGAACUGGUUUAGUGUUUGUAAUCUUUUUCUUUGGGUCUCCAAUGUAAAGUCCAUGUCACACUCGAGAAUUAUAGGAAUACUCUAUUUGUAAGGGAUGUUAUGUAAUUUAUUAUGUAGACUAAUAUUCUGUUUUCCAGCUCACUGCAACAUAAAUGUGUUGCAAGGAGUGAUUAGGCCUGAUGUUUUUAUAGCAACUUUGUUUUAAGAAAUUCCAUCUUAGGACAUUUAUACAAUUUAGGUUAAUUGAAAAUACUUUUUUUUAAAUUAGCAAAUAAGCUCUUUCACUUAACACCAAAGGUGCCUUUCAAGACAGUAAAUGCUGAAAUUGAGUAUGAAGUUGGUGCAUAUUUUAUAAGGCUAUAUACUGUUUCUUUCUGCAUCAUUCAGUGGUACAAAAAAAAGGGAUUUUUCCUAUUGAUACAAAGCACACUGAAAUCCUUUCUGGAAAUGAAUGUACUAUAGGAUAAGUAAGGAUGAUGUAAAAUGAAUUUCCAACAGUUUGACUGUUGGAAAGCUUUCUGCUACUGUUUCUCCUAGUUUUGUGGAUUGCUUAUUGCAUCGUAUUAACUAUGCUUUGACAAAUUUCUCAAGGGUGCUUUGUGUAUUUUGUAUAGAUCUCAGACUAUAAAGGAAAGCUUGUUAAUGCAUUUCUCAAAAUAAAGUUUAUAAAUUAUUUAUA